GGGAGCGGUUGGGGCGGACACGCAGUGCUCAGGUUGGCAGAGAGCGGCGGAGCAGAGUGCAGCUCCACACCCGCUCCUUUGUGACGGAGAAGCGGCGAAGGAGCAGCAGCACAGUGCCGCGCCCUUUCCUGCGCCCUAUACCCGGGGAUACUGCGCUCUCAGGCAGCACCGACCGCUCCACAACUAACCGGAAGUCAAGAUGUACUAGUCCGCGCGCACAGGUGACCGAGACGGGGCAGCAAAGUUUGUGUAGAGUAGAAAACACACACUUUUCUUUUCCGUCCAUGUGUGUUGCUUUGGUUUCACCUUGCGCUCGCACGCACGCAGAGGACGUUGAGGGUGAGACCGCUUUUGUUUCUCCACUCGACGACGACUCCGGAUCUGGAUUUACCUGACAAACGAGUUUGUUCUUGCGCGAGGGAAAAGGUUCUCAACGCACCUCCAGCUGAUGGAAUGCUGAUGUCCAGCCCGCCAGCGAGGACGAGUCCUUAAAGUCUGAAUGGCGCCCUAGUCCCUUUCCUCCGCUCACCGUCUGCUCCGUCCUCACCGGCCACCUCAGCUCCUCCUCUGUGAUCGCACGUCGCCCCUCCCCCCCAACACCUCGUCAUGGAUACGCUCACCGAUGACAAAGAGGGAUGUUACUACAACCGCUCCGUCAAUUUCUUCUACACGGAGAGCGGCAAGAACAUCAGCGCCCACUGGCGCCAACGUGACUAUGUGAUCGUGACGAUGGGCAUGACAGUCUGCUUCAUCGUCAUCUUCUCCAACCUCUUGGUCAUUGGGGCCAUUUUGAAAAACCGACGCUUUCACUUUCCCAUCUAUUACCUGUUGGGAAACCUGGCUUGUGCAGAUCUUUUCUCAGGUAUCUCUUACCUCCACUUGAUGUUCCACACUGGUCCCUGGACCAUUAAGCUGUCAAAGUAUCAGUGGUUUGUGCGGCAGGGCCUGAUCGACACCAGUCUGACGGCCUCUGUCCUCAACCUGCUGGCCGUGGCCGUGGAGCGUCACCAGACCAUCUUCAAAAUGCAGCUUCACAGCAAGAUGAGCACCCGGCGGGUGUUUGUCAUCAUCGUGUGCAUCUGGCUGGUGGCGAUCAUCAUGGGCCUGGUUCCCACCAUGGGCUGGCACUGCCUCUGCGACCUGCCCAACUGCUCCACCAUGGCCCCGAUGUACAGCCGCAGCUACCUGGUGUUCUGGGCGCUGCUCAACCUCCUCACCUUCUCCAUCAUGGUGGCCGUCUACACCCGCAUCUUUGUCUACGUGAGGCACAAGAGCAGGCAGAUGUCCAAGCACACGUCCCAGAUGAGACUCAAAGACACUGUGUUGAGCCUGAUGAAGACCGUGUCCAUGAUCCUGGGCUGUUUUGUGAUCUGCUGGACGCCCGGCCUGGUCGUGCUGCUGCUCGACGGCCUCGGCUGCGAGGAGUGCAAGGUGCUGCGCUACGAGAAGUACUGCCUGGUGCUGGCCGAGUGCAACUCCUUCGUCAACCCCAUCAUCUACUGUUUCCGGGACAGCGAGAUGAGGAAGACCUUCAAGCAGAUCCUGUGCUACGUGUGCAGGCGCGGCAGCCCGAAGGAGGGCAACUCCAGCGCUCACUUCACCACGAUGGAGCAUGAGAACUCUAAGUUUCGUAACGCCGCGCCCGCAGAGAGGAGCAACGGGAAGCCUCUCAUCUGCAACGGCUCAGAAGACGUACCGUCCACCUCGGACAACUGGAGUUAAACAUCAGUGAAAAGCACACACACACACACACACACACACACACACACACACACACACUUGCAGAAGAAGGACAUGAUUGAUCAUGGCUCAGCAGUGGACUCCACACGUCUGUGUAAACCGGGACGUCUGUUUCCCCUCAGCCUGCAGACUGUUGUGACAGAACCAGAAACUGUUUAUUCUGUUAAAUUAAAUAAAAAAAAAAAAGGAACUUCACCUCUGCUGCCAGUGGACAAGAGUGAAGAGCUAAAGGGAUUUAAUUCACGUUUAAUAUCGUCUGAUUCAUUCAGAAGCAACUUUGGCAAUCCAUCCACACUCAGAUGACAUAAGUGGGACAUAAACACACACACACACACACACACACUGACGUUUCCUGUUUGAACAUAAACAACCGGUUAGUUGUGGAAGAAGCCACAGAACGAGUGGAACAUGUUCAAAUCUGGUGCCAGUUUAUUAGGCACACCCAACUUAAACAGAUCCAGAUGGAGCUGUUUAAGAAAAAGUCUUAAAUUAAACAUCAGGCUCUCUUUCUGUUAUUUUUGUGCUUAAACUCAUCCGUAAAACGUAAAUACAGCGGAUUCACCUGUUGUGGUAAAGGUCAGUGAACUUUUCAUGCGGAGCAAGAGCGAUCGCCCCGGGUGUACCUAAUAAAGUGGAGGCUGAACGCAUGCAGCGUCGCUGAAGCGUGCUCUGUGUCGUUUCACAAACAGGGUUAUCACUGAUUUGUUAGAGCUUAAUUUGCUACGUUUUGGAAUGGUUUAUUGAGGAGUUCAAUGAAAUAUUAUUAACGGCAACAUUUGGACUAUAGUUCUUUAAAUUCAUCCUAAUCCAGGGCUGUCUAACUCAUUUUUAAUCCGUAAAAUAACGGCAUCAUAACCAAGAAGCAAGAGCUCCAAAUGUUUCCCUUUCUUUCCACAAAACAUUUUAUCAACAACCUGAAAUGUCUUGAGAGAAAUAAGAAUAAGUGGAAUUUCAACAAUAUUCUGCCCAAGUUGACCAUUUACACACUUAGAGAUCGCAGUGGAUCUACAAAAGUCACAGAUAUCUGUGACAAAUUUAUCCCACAGGUUUGACACCCCUGUCCUAAUCCUAAAGGUCUAAAGAAAGGUAAUAUAAUGGUUGCUGCUGCUUGUUCUUCACAGAUAAUGAUCCAGUCUCCUUGUUAAGCUCUGUUCAGGCUCGUGAUGCCUUCAGGUCCAGGUCAUGUUGGGUAUAAACUUGUACAUUUAUUUUCUUCUUUUUUUUUUAAAUAUGAAGAGUGGCAUAAAUAUCAUUGUACACAUAAAAUAUUAGAGCUUAAAAAAUCCUAUUUUUGAGAUAAAGAUUGAUGUUGAAAAAAUCUAAAUCAUUUUCUUUUUAAAGCAUUUCUUUUUUUUUUAAAUUGUUAUUUUAAGGUGUCUUAAUGUCACUUGUUAUUUCACACUGACUUCGUAUCGCGGCGGUUUUUGCCUGAGCAUUGACGCAGCCUCUGCUGUUGUAACAAUCAGGUUUUUUUUUGUUUUUAUUUUGUUUUAUUUUGUGUGUUAAAAGCUGUUCCUUUCUCGAUGUUUUAUUUUAUUUUAUUUUUUUAUUUUUUUUGCUGUAAACACUGUUUGUUUCAUGUAAAUAGUUUCUGAGCUGGAAUGAAAAAGGCGACGCUUUUAUUGACAGUGUGUGUGUUUGUGUGAUGUCAAAUCUUUAUUUAUGCUCAUACUGUGGUCACGUACAUCACGUUAGUGCACUUAAGCAAUUUAAAAGAAACAAAACAGCUUAAACCAAAAUCAAGCUUCAUGUAGACUGUGUUGUUGUUGUUAUUAUUAUUAUUAUUAUUAUUAUUGUUAGGAUUUCCCCCCCCCCCACCAACCUAUAAUGUUUUAAACUCUGAAUAUUUCAGUUUAAAGCUGGGGUAGGCAGAUCAGAGCGAGAACAUGGCACAUGGCAUUUUUGACCAAUCACAGAGCAGUUUAGAGCGAGAGAGAUGUGGGCGGAGCUUUUCAGCAUCAGGAAAGAUUAGAUCAUCCGUCUUGUGUGAAGUGUUUAAAGUGUGUCCGUCUGUUCGGAGGAUGGAAUUCUCUGCUUGCUUCGUGGACACUUUUCACUCGAAUGAAUUGAGCAAACGAAAAUGAACGACAAAUGACACAAUUGGCAAAUAAAAUGUGGAUCUAAUCCUUCAAAAAUAUUGUAUUUUAUUUGUUUGAAAAUCCACUUUUUGUUUGCAAUGAUGGGGAUUUUGCUUCCUCCGACUCUUUUGCUUCUGUGAUCUCCCUCACUUGUUGUGUUUUAAAAUAUCAACUCAAAUCUAAUUCCACGUGGGAGGGGCUUAGGACAGAGAGAUGAGGAGUCCCGACGGUGAACUUGCCUACCCCAGCUUUACGUGUACACCUGUCAGUGCUGUGAAGCUUGGUGUUGUUGUGAAAGUGGCUGUAAACGUCAAAACUUCCCCUUUCAGCCUCUGAGUGAUGAUCUUUGCUCAGUGACGUCAUUAAAAGAACGUGUUUUUUUUUAAACCCC